UGCAAAGUUUUAAGGUUUGCAAAGUUUCAAGGGAGGGAGGUAGUAACAUUCAUCUCUCAUUCGAUUGAGCGUGCGAUACGAACCCUAAGGGUCCAGGAACUACAGGUCGUCAUCCUGUAGGGGUCUCCAUUGGCACCGUCGUCCGGCCAAAUCAUCCUUGAGUCGGUGGUGGCCAAGCUUUGGCGCAGGCUGCCAUGGAUGUUGCUUCCAUCUCUGUCGCUGAAAAGGAGGCAAUGGAUCACCACUCUACCGUCAUUUCAAGUCCUUUGCUCGGAAGUCCCACAACUCUCAUCUCCUUCUCCGGUUGAAGUCCUUGUCUCUGAGGCUCCCUUGAUAGGCGACGGCUCCCAAUUACUCCCCUGUUCAUAGCUAAAUUGCUACGUGGGUAUAAUUUUUUUUAAUAAACAAAACGGGACCUGGUGUAAUUUGCCCCCUUCAAUUUUAAUCAUGCUCGAAAAGAGAGAUUAGUGUGAACUACUUUGCUUUCUUUUUGUUUAUUUAGACGAGGAAAAGAAAUGCUUCUUAGAACAACAUGUCGUCGUCUUCACAUUUGAAAGCUUCCCGUUUUCUCACCUUUGAAAUCUCCAAUAACCCGCAGCAUGAGCCCCUUAUGUUUUUGGCUGACAAUCUCUUACAUUUCCUGCAAAACUGCGUUUCCACCAAACAGGUCCAACAAAUUCACACCCAGUGCCUCGUUCACUCCAUUCACAAACCCAACUUUCUUCUCCGGAAAAUCAUUCAGCUCAAAGACUUCACCUACGCUAAUAUUUUCUUCUCUCACAUCCCCUCCCCUAACGAGUAUGGUUUUAACAUAAUGAUCAGAGCUCUGGCUACUACGUGGCAACACUUUGCCUUCGCCUUACAAUCUUAUUCCAAGAUGAAGUCUCUAGGCCUAAAACCUGACAAUUUCACUUACCCAUUUGUGUUCAUAUCAUGUGGGAGUCUUCCGGCUGUACACCUUGGGAAAUUAGCUCACUGUGAGGUGGUGAAAAGUGGGCUAUGUUUGGAUUUUCACAUCAGGCAUUCGUUGAUUACGAUGUACUCAAGGAUGGGUGAGUUGGGACUCGCACGGAAGGUGUUUGAUGAAAUUGUCUACAGAGAUUUGGUGUCGUGGAAUUCAAUGAUAUCAGGGUAUUCUCAGAUGGGUUGUGCUACAGAGGCUGUGGAGUUGUUCGGAUAUAUGAAGGCUCAGGGUGUUGAACCUAAUGAGAUGACACUUGUAAGUGUUCUUGGAGCUUGUGGGGGCUUGGGGGACUUGAAUUUGGGGAGGUGUAUUGAGCUCUAUGUUCUACAGAAAAAAGUUGAACUAAAUUCUUUCAUAGGCUCUGCUUUGAUUAGCAUGUAUGGGAAAUGUGGUGAUUUGGCUUCAGCCAAGAGGAUCUUUGAUGGCAUGAAGAAGAAAGAUGUAAUAAUCUGGAAUGCAAUGAUUUCAGGAUAUGCACAAAAUGGACUUUCUGACGAAACAAUCUCAUUAUUCAACACCAUGAAGGAGGAGGAAGUUCAUCCUAAUAAAAUCACACUGGUUGUGGUGCUAUCCGCAUGCGCCUCUAUUGGAGCCCUAGAUAUUGGGAAAUGGAUUGAUGAAUAUGCAUCAAGAAGGGGAUUGAGGCAUGAUAUUUAUGUUGGUACGUCGUUAAUUGACAUGUACGCAAAAUGUGGAAGUGUGAGUUGUGCAUACAAAAUUUUUGAAAGCAUGACAAAAAAGAAUAGAGUGUCAUGGAAUGCAAUGAUCUCAGCUCUUGCAUUUCAUGGGAGAGCGUGUGAGGCUCUUUCUCUAUUUGAUCGUAUGUUAGCUGAGGGUGACGUUAAUCUGCCUGAUGAUAUCACAUUUGUUGGAGUCCUUUCCGCAUGUGUUCAUGCAGGAUUGGUUGAUGAAGGUUACCAGAUGUUUAGUUUGAUGAGAUGUUAUGGACUUGCUCCGAAAAUUGAGCAUUACUCUUGUAUGGUUGAUCUUUUGUGUCGUGCUGGGCGUGUAGAGGAAGCAUGGGUCCUGAUUGAGAAGAUGCCUGAGAAACCUGAUGAGGUUCUAUUAGGGGCAGUACUUGGUGCCUGCCAUAAAGUAAAAAAUGAGAAAAUUGGUGAACGAGUCAUGAAUCUUAUUCUGCACAUGGAACCAUCAAACUCAGGUAAUUAUAUAAUAUCUUCAAAGAUUUAUGCACGCAUGAAGAGAUGGGAUGAAUCAGCUAGGAUGUUAAAACUGAUGAAAGAGAAAGGGGUGACUAAAACACCUGGUUGCAGCUGGAUUGAGAUCGAUUCUCAAGUUUUUGAAUUUCUUGCUGGUACCUCAUUACACAGUCAAUUUGCAAAAGAAAUAUAUGAAGUUCUUCAGUUGCAAUAUGAGGAGAUGAAGACAGUAGCUGACACAUCAGCAGCUGAUUUUUGGGGCAUGAUUUAGGCAAUGAUGGUCACAAUUUAGGAUGUUUUUACUUGAACUGUAAUUUGCUAGUCUGGUCUGAACUGGUCUGAACUGGUCUGGUCUGGUUUCUUUGUAUUUUUAUAACUAUCCAAGUCUGGUCUGGUAUGAACUGGUCUGGGAGGAAUUACGCUCCAAGUAAAAACAUCCUUAGCUGGAUUGCUUAAAAUCACUACGUACCUCUGAAUCUAGUUUGUCUUGAAAUAAUAUCAAGAUUCAACAAGGAUGCAUUAUCAUAUUCUAUUUCACCAUAUUCUAAAGAGCACAUAGAAUUGGGCUCUAACCCAUCCUUUGUCUAGAGGAGUAUUCUUGAAUAGUUGAAUCAGAUGGAGCAAUUCAGAAGAAUUACAUAUGGAGAGUGGGGGAUGGUCAAGUCAAUUAAUAUUUGUACUGACUCUUGGUUGCCGGACCUAGAUAAUUCGCAAGUAGUGACAUCUCCUUUACCGGUUUCUGCAUGAUGCUCAAGUGAAGGGCCAACUUGAUAGGUGUGAAAGAUAUUAGAAUAUUCUUUAGAAUAUGUUUUAGAAAAUUCUUCUAUCUUUAGAAUAUGCUUUAGAAUAUUUUUGGAAUAUACUCUAGGAUAUUAUUAUUGUAUAGAAUCUUAAAGGAAUAUUCUAUCUUUGUAAUGUAUAUAUAUAUGGGCUUAACCCUCCAAUGAAAUACACAGAAAAUC